AUGGCCAGCCAGACCCAGGGAAUCCAGCAGCUGCUGCAGGCUGAGAAGAGAGCCGCAGAGAAGGUGGCAGAGGCUCGGAAAAGUGAGACAGGCAUCCUGUCAGGAAAGGCCCGGCGGCUGAAACAGGCCAAGGAAGAAGCCCAGGCCGAAAUUGAGCAAUACCGCUUGGAGCGUGAGAAAGAGUUCCAGCAGAAGCAGCAGGCGGCUCUGGGCUCGCAGGGGAACUUGUCUGCUGAGGUGGAGGCCCAAACGCGCAAGAAACUGCAGGCAAUGCAGGGAGGCCAGGCCCGGGGCAAGGAUCGGGUCCUGCGUCAACUUCUCACCAUUGUUUGGGAUGUGCGGCCCCAAAUGCACCCCAAUUACCGCCUGGCUGUUUAGCAGACCCAUUGACCCAGCCUGCAAUUGUCAUCUGAUUGCCUAGGGGACUUUACUGACACACAUCCUCCACUAACCCACAGCUAGUGUAAGACUCCUGAUCUCCAAAGACAGUGGCCCAGUUAAGUAAUUUCAGUCUCUGGACUCAGUGGUCUUACAGGGAUCGGUGGUGGUGGGGAAACCUUUGGCUCUUCAGAUGUUUUUGGACUCCAACUUCCAUCAGCCCCAGCUAUCAUGGCCGAUGAUGGGAGUUGUCGUUCAGCUACAUCUGGAGGAUGAAAGGUUCUCCACCUCUGCUAUAGAUGGUAAUGUGCAUUAUUUCAUUUAGUUCAAAAUGUGAUCUGACAGCCUUGCUGCAUUUAUGGUCCCCCCUGCACAUUGUGCUGAGUGGGGCCCUGGACUUCAUCUCCAAAGUCCUACUCUGAUGGUGCCACUGCCUAGAGAUCACAUGCUCCCAGAACCUCUGUCUCUCCCAACCUCUGCCUAAAAUUACAUAUUUAAAUCUCUGCUCCCACUGUUCACACCAAUUUUUAAAAAAACAUAUAUUUUAUUUAUUUAAGAAAAUUUAUAUACUAUUUCAUUGUAGAAAACCUCCAAACAGUUUACAAAAAACAUAACUAAUACUUCCAUAUGUCUCAUACCAAGGCUACGAAUAGCACAUGAUGAUACCAGCGCUCCGUUAUCCCUCAAUGUAAGGGGAGUUCUAUGGGAGUUCUAUGGAUGCCCUCAGGACUUACUCUAAAACAGAGGUAGGGAAGCUUUUUCAGCCUGAGGGGCGCAUCCUCUAAUGGACAACCUUCUGGGGUCCGCAUGCCAGUGGUGGGCAUGGCCAGAGGCAAAAGUGGGUGGAGCAACAGAUAUGGCUCUUGCCUUUGUACAGAAGGCUUUAUUAUUCCAAUCAUGCCAAAGUCAGAGGUUUCUACAGUUGCACACAUCUCUCCAUCCUCCAUCCAGGCAAGCAAGAGCCAUUAUCACAGUUCAGUGACACCUUCCAGCCGGGCAAAAACACUCAAGAAGGGCAUGGAGCAGGGCCGGUGAGGGAUGUGGCCUAGGAAAGUCUUGAGGGGCAGGUAGAGAAGCCUGGAGGACCACAAUUGGACCCUGGGCCCAAUGUUCUCCACUCCUGCUCUAGAACAAGGUAUCCCAGCUUUAAAUCUGCACUUGUCUCUAUGCAGCCCCGUUUCUCUGCUUCCCAAACUUUUUUUUUUUUAGGAAGGGCAGUAAGGUCCCCUUAGCCGAUCCCCGCAAAAUGGGUCUAUCUAUUACCUUCCACAUCACAGUUCUGGAUUCUCUUUCCCUGUUGCUCAACCCCAUGGCAUGAAGUGGUGCGUCUAGAAAAUGGAGGGUCCUUGGAGGGUCCUCUAGCUUCCUGCUGGUGUAUGUAUGUGUGCUGAAACUGUAGCUUCUUAUUUUUCCUCUGCUGCUGUUGUACCCCAGUCCACCCUGCUUCAUCAUUGCUCCUUCUCCUGUUCCCCCUCCUGAAACAUACAACUGGACAUUUCAGUAGUCACUUCUAUGAUUAAUAAAAAGUGACAUUA